AUGUUAACUCAAUCACUAUCUGUACCAACUUCAUCGGACUCCAUUCAAUCACCAAUAUAUGAUAUCCAUGAUCCCAAUGCACUUUUACAACAUCAACAAUUAAACUCACAGCAACAAUCACCACAACAAACCUCGUUAUCAAAUGGUAACUCUGUAAAUAGUAACAUCAACAAUAAUAUUUCAAAUAGUGGCACCAAUAGUGCCAGUAGUAGUACAUCAGUAACAUCACCAAACACUUUAACAUCAACAAAUAUAAAUGGAUCAAUCGAUGAUAUAAUAAGCUCGCCUAAAACCAAAUCAAAGAAAUCAAAGUCAUCAAGUUCAUCAAAUUCUAAUUCAUCGACAAAUUCAUCGAGUGGUAAUGGCUCAGGAAUACUUAAAGGUCAAAAAGCCAAACCAAGCCACAGCCCAUUAGAAAAUUCACUAAACUCAUUAACCAAAGAACAAUUAGUACAAUUAUGCACACAAUUUUUUGAAGUUGGUCAUCCAAAUUUAAUUCAAGAGUUUGAAAAUGCAAUGCCACCCCCAGAUCUUCAUGAAAUUAUGGAGGAAUUGGACGAUCUUCAAAAGAAAUAUAACAAACUUUAUCCAAAUAAUAAGUUUUGUUAUGACAACCAAUCCUAUAACCGCGUAAAGAGUGGCUUAGCUGCCUUUAAGAAAGCACUUGUAGAAUAUGGCGAAAACUUUAAAGAAAAAAGUGGUUGGGCAACACUCCUUCAAUAUGUAAUUUUGGCAAUUCCCUAUGCCCUUCGUAUGCCAUUAUGGGAUGAUGAGAAAAAUAACGCUUCAAGAAUAUCAGCACUCUCUAAAAUGGAUGUUUUCGGUAAAGCUGCUGUCAAGGGUUUACUUCAAAAUGACAUUCCAUUAGAAAAAUGGGAACGUCACAGAGUCUCACUCAAUCCCCAUUCAUUCUAUUUAAGAAGUACCAUUGAAGAACUCGAUAAGUGCAUUGAAAAAAGAAGAAAGAAAGAAGAGAAACAUGACAAGCAAUCCAAAAAAAGAAAGAAGUCUGAACCAAAAUUCAAUUAA